GAUGCUAUAAAUUGCUACUUCCAUAAAUACAUCUGAAUUUGAUCUCUACAGCCGCCAUAGCCACUAAAUUCCUGCAUGAAUUUCUGAUUUUUUCCUUUUUUCUCUUCUUUUACAGCUUAAUUUUGGCCUCCCUGCUGCCUCGUUUUCGCCCGAAAAGUAUUCUGUGUGACCAGAGGAUUUAGAGAAUGGGGAAGCACUUUUGGAUUAGAAAUGAUGAUGAUGAAGUUGAAGAUAAGCAGCCGGGCUGCGUGUGGGGAUUAGUCCAUGCCCUCGACUAUCAUCAUUGGCAUUCCAAUGGCAGAAAAAUGAUCCAUCACCGAAAAUAUGAAGGCCGAAGACAGUCAAAAUCUUAUGGAAGUGCCAAAACAAAAUUGCUGGGUUCUGGUGAAGUCGAAAAGCUUUUAAACGAGCAAGAAAGCGCAUUUGUUAGUACUAAAAGUUCUCACUCGACAAACAANCCACUUGAUGCAAAUGAGGCUACCGAUGGCCAAAACGAAUCAGACAAUAGACAUAAUUGUAUGCAAAAAAUGGAAGACAAUGCCGGCUUAAGAUUGAAUGUGAGGGAUGAGGAUAGUCAUUUGGAUGGUUGUGUAGAGGAAGUGGAUGAUUUAACAUUGGACAAAAGUGAUUCCCAUGGGGAACAUGUGACUAACGACUCGGGAAUCAUCCCCGAGAUGCUUCUCAUCUCAGAUUUUGAGAAAUCCUUCCGAGAAAUGGUAUCUCACCCUGGAGAUAUUCAAAUUUCUGAAGGUUUGGAUCGUGAAUGUGAUUGUUUCUACCAGAAGAAUUCUUCAAUACACUCUCAUGAUCAGAAGAGUUUCUACCUGGAUUCGUCCUCGUCUUUAAACAAGCUGAAACAUGAGAAAAUUGAAAAUUCAGAUACGAAUAUCAGAUAUUUUGGAGAUAAUGAAUCUCAGAAAGAGACUGAUUCCAACUCGUAUUACGUGAGACACAUUCUUGAGAAAUCAGGCAUCGUUGAAAAUGCCUUCGACAUAGCAUGGCAUUCAUCUGAUCAGCCAUUGAGCCCUGAACUGUUUGAGGAAGUAGAGGCUAACUGGAACUGGAACCAGGAACAAUCUCAAUUAACCGGUUGGCAUCAUCAGCAGCUAUUUGAUGUGGUUAAUGAGGCGUUAAUUCAGAUAUACGAUAAAUCAUUUCCGUACUAUCCGAAGGCCUUGUCCUCUAGUUGUCGCGUUCGUCCAAUGCCAGUCAGAAGCCACUUUAUCGAGGAGGUCAGCACAAGCAUUGGCGAUUUGCUUAAUUUCAAGCCCGAGGAAAAGGAGUCACUAGAUUCUAUAAUCGCUUAUGAUUUGGAAAACGACUACAGAUGGAUGAACCUCCAAUUGGAAUCUGAGACUGUUGCACUUGAUUUGGAGGAUGUGAUUUUCGAUGAACUUCUUGAAGAGGUCAUCUGUCGUUAGAGUACUGUAUUUUUGUCCAUCUUGAUUCUUGAUCAGUUGGGUACAUGAAAUUUGUGUUCUAGAUUUAUUGUGUAUAUAGUAAUAUUAUGCACUGUAACAACUUUAAUGUGUUGUGUGAUACUGGAAGGGAGUAGCAACAAAUAGGUUACAACAUAAUAUCACGAUUGAAAUCCAAGGUACGAUGGUCCUAGUGUUGUGAACUAAAUCUAAUAUAUGUAUUUUUGGGAGAAUAUAUCAAAAAUAUUUCUAACUCUA